AUGAUGAAAGUCAUAAAUUGCCAUUUGGUGAAAGAGUAUUUGACAUGGAUCUGUGAAAUAGAUAGCAAAUCUGUUGUAGUAUUACAAAACCCUGACAAGCAUUUUGAGGAAGCAAAAUCAGUUAUAGAUAGCGUUUUAGAAUUCCUGAACACUAACGAAAACUCUGAAGAUAAUAUGAAGGAGAAUGAAAACCCUCAAAAGAAUAGACUAGCUUUGGCCCGGAAGCGUGCUAAGUUAUCAAUGAAGGCUGAUACAAGCCAGUCUACGACAAUUCUUGAACCGACUUUUCAAAUGGAUCAGCUGCAUGACCCUGCAGAUAUUUUUGCAGCCUAUGAGAAGUUCGAAAACACCCGUAAAGAAUUGAAGAAACAGAGAGGUGAAGACCCAAAUGAGCCCCAAAUUCCCACUACUGCUAGGCAACGUCGACCUGAAAUUCCACGGAGACGAACGACUUGA